AUGUUGCCCCCAUCCACCAUUAGUUCACUGCUGUACUCCCCAACUGGACAUGCUGUGCUCGACCUCGCCAUUAAGGAAUUGCUGGUGAUGCCCGAUCAUGUGCUUAACCAACCCGCCCGCCGACUUUCUCGAUCGCCUGAUAUGACCGCACCUGUUCUGCUGCUGCCAAUUUUACCAGUGAAGGAUCUCCUUUACCCCCCUUCCCCUUCCUCCAAUAUCACAUCUCUCACCGCUAUGAUCGAACACCAGGAAAUGAUGGAGGACAUGGAAAUAACUGACUUAGAUGCCUCGAAGAUGAUUUCAAAAGCUGAAUGGAUCACUGCCGUCAUGCCGGAGAAUAAGUUGUACAUCCUCGCUCCCUACCUUGGUAUGCGCCGCGACAUGAUUCAACUCAAGAAUGAAUUGUACGUGUGCGCUAAGCUGUAUGCUCUGCCGUUUUCAUUUGAUCAAACCAACAAUUUUCGCCAUGCAUUCAUGGUCGCCUUUCAUGCCAUUAUGUCCCACGCAAAUAUUGAUGGUCUUGAAGAUAGUAAAGAGACGAAGGACCCCUUCACUAUGCAUAUUGCCACCAUGGUUCGCCAGCAUCACAACUACUCCGCACUCUGGUACUCUCACCUUGGAAACUUAUUUCUUUGGCCCGAGGAAUGUCUUGCACUUGCCGAAGCUGGAGCACUCUUCGAGCUCUACCCUACAACAGAUGCUCAACACCAGGACCUCAAUGAUAUGUGCAUUAUUCUCGACUUCAUCGACUUCAUGCUCAGAUAUGACAUCAAACAUGGAUACGCACAUGAUAUUCACUGCCAUCAUCGCUAA